AUGCCAUCUACAGCGGCAGCCCUUCGUGCACAGUGGAAAGAACCGUCCGACGUCUUUACGGUGCUCCUAAUAGUCGGCGGCGAGGUGGUCCGAUGCGCUCUUGGUGCCAUGUCCGGCGGGAUCUUGACCCCGGUGACCUUUUCAUACGGAUGGGCCGCUUUUGCGAUCUCCGCCAUCCUUUCAGCCGCUGGGGAGAAUCGACUGAUGCCCGACAGCCCCCUCCCGACUCUCCUGGUCAUCAAUCUCACCUCCGGUUACCGGCGCCUCAAUAGAUCAUGGACACUCGGGCGUCUGUUCCAGACUUAUGAGUAUUGGAUGGCGCCGGAAGUUCGGACGUGCAUACAAGACCUGGCUAUUAAAAUCCCGGACGAGGAGCGGGCCGCUCUCGCGCCCCGGGAUGGGGUCGCCGGGACGGGGAGAUCGGCGCGCGGUGUGAAGGCGCCCCUGUGUGUGGCUGUGUAUGACUGGGAUGUGGGUCCAACAGGAACAACGAGACCACCCAACAAAGCCGGCCGCCCAGGUCACGACUGGGUCUGGUCGCUAGGGCUCGGAGUCUCUCUCAUACAGCUCGGCAUUAGCAUCAUCCCCUUCGCGAUGGAUGAUGAUUGGCGGAUUUUGCUAGUAACCGCCGGGGGCACCGUGCUUGCUUAUCUGUAUGGGGCGCUCCCGCAGUGGCGCAGGGAGAAAUGGGGCUGUCGCAAGAACAGUGCGCAUAAAGAUGUGGCAAUAACACUAGGCAACGGAACGCAGCACGUGGUGAUAAUCCGGGGACAUGUGGACGGGUUUGAUUUGGAAGAUCUCGCAGGAGGACAGACCCAUGCCGACGGGGACGAUGGGGAGAAUCGGCGGGCCAGGGUCCUGGAGUCCGAACAGGCCACUCGAGCUUUGACCGUGAUUUUCGCGCUUUGCUGGCUUGCACUACUUGUUUGCAGCACUGGGAUUCAAACCCACACUUGGUAUUUGCUUGCCAUUGGCGGCCUGGGAAUGCUGCAUAAUCUUGUGGUUGCAGGAGCGCCGCGCCGCCCAGACAUGUUGGGCGUACCGAUCAAAUUGGCGGCUCCGUAUACGCACGCCGGACAAACGGCAGCAUUAUCAGAGCCUUUGCCUUCCGUAUUCGCAGAAGCCAAGGUAAUGUGGACACUGAUGGAGCUAGAGAUCGCGUAUGAAGGGUUUGGCAAAGCACUCUUGAAAGAAUUCUUCCCCGGUGAAUUUCGCGACUGGGAAACUGCGUGGUGGAAUUAUAAAGUUCCCAAUGUGGAGUUGAGGCGGACUUUACUUGCCCAAAAGAAAUAUGAAGAAUAUGUGAAGCGAAAAGAGAAGCAGCUCAAAGUCGGGUCCGCCCAGCAAGGAUAG